GCUAAUGGCAGCAACAUAUCGUAAAGCAAGGAGUGCGGACCCGGCCUAAUCGGUCCCCAUCGAGAGCCCAAUUCGCCUCUAAUGCUCGCCAGUGUUGGCCAAGUGACUCUUGCCGCCUUCCAUUAAGGAAAAAUGGGAAAAACAAUCAAAGUAAUUGGCUGCGCUGGGGCAGGCACUCUGCUCAUAUUGCUGCUGCCUCUUUGCCUGAUCCAAAAUUAUGGUCCACCUGGUGGUAAUGUCUCCCACUCAAUGGUCGCCACUACAACUCCUCCGGCCUCGUCUCCCGCCCCGCUGGAGAGUGGAAAGGAUGCGAUGAUGCGACUGCACCGGCAGAAACGCUACCUGCUCUUCCCGGAGGGCUCCUCCUUCCAGCUGGUCUUCGACAUCAUCAUACCCAUCAUAGACUACACCAACUACGCCAUCCUGGGCAUCACCUGCUCCGUGGCCUGGGAGCUGCCCAGUAAGCCGCCCAGCGAGCUGAUUGAAAACGUGCUCACGCGCAUCAACGACGGCACCAUCGGCACUGUCCGCCGCAAUGACAGCGUCCCCCUGCCCGAUUCAGAUCCGCAGUUGGAGCUCCAAGCCCCUGCCCAGAAUCUGGAGCUGGACAAUCGAGCAACAGCCACUGGUAAUUGGCAGGCUGUGCACGCACCGCCAGCGAAUCCACCGGCAUAUGCGGCCAAUGAGCAGGACUCCCAUUCGUACUACACGAAUAUCCAACGCAUCCCGGCCGCUUACCCAUAUGCAAAUGCGAAUGCGGAUGCAAAUGCGAGUGGACAGCAGCGGCAGGCGCUAUUUCCCGCUAAUUGGCAUGCGCGACAGUCGCUAGGGAGGUGGCAGCAGAGGGGGCAGGCAGUGGGUGCGACGGAUGGAGCGGGAACGGGAAAAACCAACUGGUGGACGCGGAACGGGCAGCGGGUCCAGCAGAACUGGCAGGAGAAGCAGCGCAAGUGGGGCCCUUCCAAGUGGAACUAUGGGUACUCCCAGCGACCCCGACAGGUGCUACGGGCACCGCCGAAACACCAUAUAUACCCGGUUUUUGCCAGACGCAGGAGACGACGAAGCCUGGAGCUGGAUCCCCACUUCGAGCGACUCCACCUGCAGCAGCAUCUCAGCUCCAGGCAGCUGCUCUUCGGCAAAAUCGAACGCCUGUACAAGUCGCGACGACUGAAUGGCACCUCCUGUGUGCAGCGAGCUCUCUGCGAGUCCGCCCAGAGGCAGCAGGGGCUCCAAGGAAGCCAUCCAGCCCAGCCACAAAGCUUUAUAAUGGAGCUACUCUCGGCCAUCUUCCAGCUGCCCGGCAGCGAUGACGUGGAGGAGCCAGGGGAACUGGAGCUAAUGAUUUCCCCCCAUUACCUGGAGGCCCAUCGGCAGCGCGGCGACUGUCGACAGCUCUACGGCGAUUGCAAUCACACAUUCUGGCUGGAAUAAAUAGGA